UCCAAGUAACAGGUUGUCUUUAUACGCUUCAGGUGGCAUCGCAACACAAGGCCUUUUCCCGGCAGGGGUCCCGUGUGUCAUCGCGCUGGCACCGUCAGGAUGAAGCUGGCGCUGCUGUGUCUGUGUAUUGCGCAGCUGGCCUUUGGAAGCCGUCGGAUCAGCGAUCCUCGAGCCGCUGCCCGCGGGGACGUGACGGUCAGCAGGGCCCGAGCCUCUCCGAGCACAGGGUCUCUGAAUGAAAUCAGGGUGAGACCACUGUUUGCCAGGAGGGGAUAUUAUGAGCGGCAGAGGAUUCUUGAGCCAAAGCCCAGAGGUGCUCCUGCUGCUCAAAACGAGAUUUGUCUUCCUGCUAAAGUGAGCCCAAAUCCUGUGAAGAUCAAGUGCUCCCAGCUUGCGCAAAGCUGCUUGCCUCAGUCCGGUUGCUGCGACCCGUGUGCAGCGUGCCACUGCCGCUUCUUCAACACUAUCUGCUUCUGUCGCAAGACAAAAUCACAAUAUGAGAAAAAAACAUAAAAGGAACCAGCCUGUCACAUCAAAUCACAGCUGAAAAAUAAACUCCAACGCAUGCUACAGAAGAAAAAAGCUGCAUUAUAGCAGUCACUGAUUGAACAAUAGACGCGUGUCACAGUGCUGGCGUCUUUAGUCUAAAUGAUUUUAUACCUCUUGUGAAAGGCAGCUGCUUGAACAAAAUAUUCAUCAUAAACAUUUAUUCUAAUGUGAAUUUCAUCAAGCAAUACUUAAUAUAUAGUGUCUUGUUUGUAAUAUUGAUUACAAUGUUGCUGCAUUUAACCUUUAAAGUCCAGUGUUUUCUGACUGCAUACACGU